AAGUUCAGAAGCCAUUCAUACCCACACAAACAAAAGGUGCCCACAGAAAGGUGCCUUUCCCAUGGAAAUUUACCACCUGGAAAAUGAAAGGAAAUAUUAUCAUCAAUACUCAGCCUCAUGUUGCUCAAAUGAUCUUCUUUAAUGUGAAACUACAGAAGUAGUCCAUACAACUCAUUCGCAAAAUUUUCCAAACUCUGAAAGUCUUAUAUAUCAAAACAUCAACUUUUGCAACACAAGGCUGAGUACAUGACAAAAUUACAGGUGAGAAAGUCCUAAAAUAUAAUGAAAAAGAAAUUCAGCAAGAAAAGUUAUCAGCAGUCAAAUGUGUUUUAAAAUGAAUGACAAAUUCAAUAAAAUGUUUUACACCUCAGAGAACACCAAGAGGUCAUAAACAGUACAGACAACACUUUUACUCAGCGCUGAUAAUACGCCCUUAAACAAAAACUGAAAAUGCGUAUGUCUAUGCUGUUUAAAACACUGUUAACAAUGGUGUGAGAUGGGUGUGAGAGAGAUAAAAGAAGUGUGAUGUUUCUAUCGAGCUUUUGUAGAUGACGUGUUCAACAUAAGAUACAUGCCAUUUUGGGGUACAUUUCACUGCAAAGUACCCUGAAGAGCCGAAAUACUCAUAAAACAUUAAUGAAUAAACAGAUACUGAGGACACUCCAGUCAAUUAUCGACUAGCAUAUAACUGUCACAGCUUACAGUAUAAAUCUCACAUGCACUGUAGUAAAACUGUGUUAAAAAGACUAAUAAAGUGCUUAUGAGUGUGCAACAGGUCUGUUUGCACAUGGGAAACAGAUCUCAUAUAUCUUUUCCUUCAUUUUUGCAGGCUUUUCCUGUUAUAAAUUUUAUAACUUUUCCUGUUUAAAUAUUUCAUCCAAAAUGUUUCACGUGUGUUGUUUCAAUUCAAACCCGUAUGACUUAAUUUCUUCUGUCUAGCACAAAAAGACAAAAGAUGCGACGAAAGAUAAUGACUGAGGCAAAUUCUGCCUUUUUGUGAAAGUCAUUCAGGUUUGGCACAACAUGAGGGUGAACAAAUGACAGAAUUUCAAUUUUUGGGGUAAAUUAUACAUUUAAAUUCACUUCUCUUGGUGUUUUAAGGGGAUUAAAAUGGCCCUGAACGAUAUGUUACUGACUCCAUUGAACAGUCCAUCCAUGAGAAACGCCUUUUUAAGAAAUAUGCAUUUCCAGCUUGUCAACAAAAACCGGUUCCUCAAGGUAAAGUCAUUACGUCAUGUCUCUCACACUAUUUUCACUGUAUUCUGCACCAGACAGACUAUAAACAGCACUUUCUGGACCUGCACUAUGUUCAUUUGGGAUUAAACUACAACAUGACUCCUCUAUAUAUGAUGAUCUGAGAAGUCCUCCAAACCAACAUUCAGGAAACCAUACAUAUUUGUUUCUUAAACAAGACAAUCCGAUCUUAUCAGAGAGUAUAAACCCAUAGCAAUGAUGUUUAAUGCUGCUGAUUCCAAGAUGUACGGUUUACACUCAACGUCAGAAGGACAGAGCACAGUUUUGCCAGAUAAUUUGGAUGACACAAUGGAAGAAAAAAGUAAGAAACGUAAAAGCCCCAAACCGUCUUCCAACCAGCCUCCUCCCUCAGUCACAGCACGGAAAACAACAUCCAGCAGCAAAUCGUUCGGUGUUGGUGGUACGGGCACGCACUCCAGUCAGAGGACAAAGUAUCGCAGGGGAGUACGAGACAAACCGAGGCCUCAGAGUCAGUCGGGUAAGAGUAACCAGUCUGCCCACACCCAGCACUCGUUUCUCACAGACGUGUCUGAUGUUCAGGAGAUGGAGAAGGGGCUGCUUAGCCUUCUUAAUGACUUCCACUCUGGAAAAUUACAAGCCUUUGGCAACGAGUGCUCCAUUGAUCAGAUGGAGCAUGUGAGAGAAAUGCAGGAAACACUGGCCCGUCUGCAAUUUGACCUGUAUGGAGAAGUGGAUGAGCUGCCAGAAGACCAGAGGAAAUCUGCUUAUGACACUAACAUGGAUAAACUGUUAUCAAAUCUGGAAGAGUUAAGCUCCUCAAUACAAAAGCUUAACCUUGCUGACAGUCAAGAUGUCCCCAGAACUUCCAGCAUAUGAACUGCACAAGCUCUACCAUGGAGAAAAGCUGUGGUGAAACACCAGUAUUACACUGUCAUACAGACACUGUGGAUCUUAAACUUGUAGAAUUGGUCAGCUUGGCUUGUUUGCACUCUAUAGUUUUAUAGAUAUGAUAUCAAAGAACAAAUCCAAACAGUUGUGAUGAAAUUCUCACUUGUCCUUCUCAUCACAUCAUAUGUUACCACAAGAAAUAUAUGUUCAUAAGGUAGUGUUUGAUAGCAUUGUGACUUCUAAUCUUAUGUCUUAAAUGUUGCCUUGGAGUUGUACAAUAGCAGCACCUUUGCAUUAUCACUAAUUCACUUUAACAAGGAACUGAUGGGCUCAGUUGUAUUUAUGUCCUGUCUUAAGGGAAUUAAUAGAAAGAAAAUGGCAGGUUAUUUUCAUCAAGAUGUCAGUUUCCUGAGACUGCAGAAUGAAAGUAAAAUAACAUUGUAUAUUUUUGGUUAUAGUCAUAUUUACAUGUUUUAUUCUGAAUUGAAAUGUAAAGUGUAACAUAGGCUACUGGCUGAUUGUUGAUUAAACUUUUUAUUCAUGCUUCUGUCAAUAAAGUUGAAGUUGUAUUACCCCA